AUGAUUACCCUGAAGCCCUAUACCGCCCUUUUGGGGUUGGCUCUCCUUCUCGCCUUCGCACGCCCUGCCCUUGCGUUCGGCGCUGGCAAUAUUGCAGGCAUCUCCAAGGUUGAGGGCCAGAACUGGCGUCAUGGCGAUAUCGAAGACACCCUCCUCACGAUCCUUAUGGCCCGAGCCGUUGGCGGCAAGAAGUUCAACAAGCUGAUGGUCUCGCGCGUCUACUUCGGCAACUGGCUACGAGACUACUCCCAGGCGAUCGAUGUUGGCACCGUGAAGUCCGUUUCAGCUGAAGCUAUCCGCCUGCUGCUCUGCGUGCUGGGUUUCCUGACCUUUGGCUUCGGCUCCAAGGAGUUUGAGGUCACGGCCGACCGCCUCGGCUGCUACCGACCGGAAGACCACAUCGACAACCCCAAGAACUACGCCGACAACCAAGAUGCCCGCCAGUACGACCGAAGGCUUCGGGGCCCUGUCAACGAGCGUGUUGAGCUCGCUGUUGACGGGGAGACCGGCAUGAAGAACUACAUUGCCAACGAGAAUGCCCGAAUCAUGACCUCGGCCCUCCACGUCAGACGACUCUUUGGCCGGUGCAUCGAGCUUGCCCGAUCCUCACGAGGUGGUCGCAACAAGGAGGAUUUCUACGAGGCGCUGCGAUUACUUGGUACCGGUCUUCACUGCCUAGAAGAUUUCCUAGCUCACAGCAACUACGCCGAGUUGGCUCUCAUUGAGAUGGGCGAACGAGACGUCUUUCCCCACGUUGGCAGCCGUACCAAGAUGCAGAUCCCUGGCGCUCGACACGAAGUCUGGCCUUGCAUCACUGGUACUUUUGGUGGUGUUGAUUUCCUGCACUCUGUUACUGGUGAAGUUUCGGACAAGAUAACCCAGAAUGAGAUUGAGGAGCUGGAGAACAACCUUCAGGAAAAUGCGAACAGCGAUACCAGCAUCCUGGAGGGACUGCUGGACAAGAUCCCAGACGGCAUCUUCGGCGGUGAUGAUAAGAAGCAGAAGAUGUCUGACAUCCAGAGCAAUGCCAAUAACGCACAGAUGGGAAGCACGUCAAUCUCGCCCCGCGACCCGGAGGAGUUCACCCAAUACGUCCAGCAGGUCUUCCAGCAGGUCAUGCCGGCUAUCGAGUUCCAUGACGAAGUUAUGAAAGCCAUCAGUGAGGCCAUCGAGAACAUUCCCAUCCUCCCAAAGAUGAUUGAGCAGCUCGAGGAGCAGCUGUCAAAGUGGGUCUUCACCAUCAUGGCCCCUUUCGUUGUUCCGAUCAUCAAGCAAGUCAAGAAUGAGCUACGUACUGGUUCUUCGGAGAUCAUUGAGAGCAGCAAGAACGAGCAGCACAUCGUUUUUAACGAUGACGAAUGCUCCGAUCCCACCCACUCCAUGCUUUCCAAGGACCAUUUCUCUAACAUCUUGAAUGAGAUUGCCGGCAAGACGGCCAGUAAGGUCGUGGCAUGGGUUGUUCCUCAGCUCAUGGAGGCCUGGGACGAUGAGGGCGUUGACAUUGAUCGUCUCCUGAACCGAAUCAUCAGCGGAGUCUUUCACCACCCCGCCCAACGCGGCAUGGGUGAGGACGGCGCCCGUAACGGACGAGAGAUCAUGUUUCGAUCUGUCGAAGACUGGUGGAAUGAGAUGGAUGACCGUGCAAAGGACGAUUACCGACAGAAGCUCUCCCGUGAUGGUGUUGAGCGUGGAGAGAACCACAAGGAAGGUGUGGAAGACAGUGGUCACGGUUGCGGAAAGCCACUCGGCAUGCACAAGAACUUCGCUGAGGGAGGAACAAUGGAGGACCGCAUCGCCAACGCUGCUGCCGGCGCUAUCUUUGAGGGCGUUACCGGUGGCCUCUCUGACUUCGUUGAGGGCCAGUCAGGUGGUCAAUUUAAGCUGCCUGGGUCUGGUGGACGAGAGGAGCAAUCUAACGGCCCUGGAGGACUCCUUGGAGCAAUUGGUGGCUCCCUUCUGGGAGGGUUCAAGAGCGAGGAGAAGCAGUCGUACGGCAGCAGACGCCAAGACGAUGAUGGAUCCUACACCGAAAAUCGCACCGAAUACGGCCGUUCAGGAGACCGUUACGGGCAAGCCGAGGCUUCAGAGACCCGUUUUCCGGGCGGACGCCAAGAGGAAGAAUAUCAACGCUAUGAACAGGAUGAUAGGGGUCAGGGCUACGGCUACCAGGAAAGAACGGAACGUCGCCCGAGUCCCGGUGGAUACGAAGAGCGAACCGAACGCCGCUACGAAAGCAACAAUGACAGCUACGAGGAAUCCAGUGGCUGGAACAGACGCGGAGACGACGAUAACGGUCGGCAACAGUUCGGUGGCGGUGACGGCUAUGGUCGACGCGGCGAGGAACGACGCGAUGAUCGAUAUGGCCGCGAGGAAAGCUCUGGAUACGGUCGUCAGGAAGAUCAGGGCUACGGUCGACAAGGUGACCACGGUCGCGAGGAGGACUCUGGAUAUGGAGGACGCCGUGAGGAGCGACGCGAUGACGAGGACAACGGCGGUGGUGGUGGCUUCCUCGGCAAUAUCAUCGACCGGGUUGGUGAGAGCCUCGACGACAACAGUGACCGCCGACGCCGCGAUGAGGGUGGCAGCGGUUGGGGCUACUAG